GAGGCCGGCCGGGCUGGUUAGAGCGAAGAGGCCCUUGGUGCUUCAGGGGAGGCAGCCCGAGCAGGCGGGCGGGGUGCGGUGGUUGUUUACGGAGGCGGCCGCCGCGCAAGGAAGACUGUUGGGCUCCCGUCGAGUCCGCCCAUCUCGCCGUCCCGUCGACGCAGGCAGAGACGCGAGGACAAUAGGCCCCUUUCCUAUUGUUGCUCGCCAUUCGCUGGUAUUCGGUGCCAUCCUGCUGAAGGGGGAGGCAGUUUCUGAAGGAGAAGACAUUGCCCAUGGAUGAAUUGGUGCAUGAUUUGGCCUCAGCCCUUGAGCAGACUUCUGAACAGAACAAGCUGGAUGAGCUGUGGGAAGAAAUGACUCUUAGCCCAAGGCAGCAGCGACGGCAGCUUCGCAAAAGGCGAGGACGCAAACGGCGUUCAGACCUAACACACCAAGCAGAGCAUGCUUGUUGCUACAGUGGAGCAUCUGAAUCCAGCCUGGAUGAAGUUGUUGAGGACUGCCGGGAAGUGCUGACUGCUAACUUCAGUGACUCAGAUGACAUGGCAGUAGCCAAACGCCAUCCAGCGCUCAGUGCAACUCUGAGAAGUAAGCAGCACUCGUGGCACGAGUCAGACUCAUUCACUGAGAAUGCACCUUGCCGGCCGCUAAGGCGCCGUCGAAAAGUUAAGCGUGUGACUUCAGAGGUGGCUGCUAGCCUCCAGCAAAAACUCAGAGUAUCUGAAUGGAGUUAUGAGAAGGGUUGCAGGUUCAAAUCUGCUAAGAAGCAGCGCUUGUCACGUUGGAAGGAGAAUGCUCCUUGGACAUCAUCAAGCCGAGGACUUUGUGAGUCGGCAGAGACGAGAGCCUUCCUCAACAAAGGGGGAAGAAAUGAGAGGAUGGAAUGUGAAGCAGAUGAACAGAAACAAGGCUCUGAUGAAAACAUGUCAGAAUGUGAAACCAGUAGUGUGUGCAGCAGUAGUGACACUGGCCUUUUUACCAAUGAUGAAGGUCGCCAAGGUGAUGAUGAACAGAGCGAUUGGUUCUAUGAGGGAGAAUGUGUCUCAGGAUUCACGGUUCCCAACCUCCUGCCCAAGUGGGGAACUGACCGCCAGUCUGACAUGGAACGAAUGGAUUCCAGCCUUGAAAAAAUCUCAGAUCCAACAUUCCUUCUGCCCUCUCGGCCAGCUACAAGAGGGUUUCAUGCCCGCUUGAACCGUCUUCCCAGUGUUCCUACCCGCUGCCUCAGGAAGGGCCGUAGGAGGCUGGUGAGCAAGGAGACCAUCAUGAGUGCUAUGGGCACUGAGAGGAUUAGCCACAUCAUUGGUGAUUCCUGCCAAAAAGAUUUCUGGUUGCCGUCAAUGGGAAUGAGAGAUCGCAACCAGUUCAAUCCACUAUCUCCUCUCUAUUCUUUGGAUGUUCUUGCUGAUGCUUCCCACCGAAGGUGCUCACCAGCACACUGCACAGCCAGGCAGACCAAUAUACAUCUCGGACCCCCAUGCUCAAGGGACAUAAAGAGGAAGAGGAAGCCUGUAAUGGCAACAGCCUCCCUUUCCAGCCCAACUUCAGCAGCUUUAUCCAUCCACAUAGAUACUUCAGACCCAGGCCCGCCUGUGCCACACUCCCAGAGGCACCAGAACUGACUGAACAGGCAGAAGCCAUUCAUCAGAGACGAGCUGCAGCGCUACUACCCCAGGCAGCUUUCUAAGAAAAUGCCACAGGAGAUGGUCCUUGACUGCACUAGAUGGAGGCAGCUCUUCCUUUGUCAACUAGUUGGGCUUUUAAUAUGUUGGACUUUGGAGUACGUCAGAAUUUUCCUUCCGGCAAUAGCUAUCUCUUCAGUGUUAGCAUGUGACACACACCUCUGUCAGCAUGAUAUGUUUACCCCACUCAUCCUGAUAAUCAUGUUUGUAAAUCUAUAUAAAAAUGCAUAAUCAGUGUUGGGGGUUUCCAUAUUUCCAGUGUUCCUGCUAUUGCUAUGCAAGUAUUUGUCGCACACUCUCGUUUCUAGCCCCAGAAGCUGCUUGGUGGCAUAUGCAAAAUGGUAUUUGGUUAUUGCAGGCACCUGUCUUUGUUGCAAAGCUCUUCAUUUCUCAGACACAUCUCAGUUGUUAGCAGAGUCCUGUGUUUAAUAGAAGAAAUUCUAUUUGCAGUUCUUUGGGGAAGCUGAGCUUGUGUCGUUUGUAAGCAUAAGACCCGAAAAGAAGCCAGCAGUGAUCCCUGACCUAGAGUGGAGGUUAACAGAGGAUAAACUGUUUUAUCAGAACUGGGUGACUUGAAUUUUAUAUUGGGAACAUUUCCAAAAGCAACGUGUUGGUCAGUAUUUUGAGGUUUGCUUCCCCCCACUUUAACAUAGCAUUAUUGUUUCAGUUUUUCCUCCUGUAUCACUGGGGUAUCCUAGUAUUGCUUUUAAACUAUGGUUCCUUCCUUGCGAUCCUCUUUCCUGUGUAUCCUACUGCAUGAGCCAGUGGAACCAUAAAUGCAAAAAUGGGACUGUCAUGUCAGGAAGCUUUCCAAUAUAUAACCUUAAAGCGAAUGACAAUGAAAUGGACUCUACCAACAGUAGCUUUUUCUGUUUUGGAAACUAUUACAGUAUAAGAAUCAUUUGAGACAGUAACCUGAACUCCAUAAGUUGCUAUGAGAAUAGCCGUUUAGAUGUGUGGUUUCAAAAUAGCCUUUGUGGAUGACAACCACUUGCUCUGUUGUCUUCAAGCUGGGAUGUUUCCUGCAGUAUAAAAAAGGAAUCUCCCCUUUUGGCAGUAUGUCCUCAGAAGCGCAUACUGUGUUUUAUUCUACAUUUCCUGAUUACAGUGUACUCACUAUGAUGUAGAUGUGUUAUAUAGUAGAGAGUGGUGCCUUCUCCCAACAACUCUUUCAUUGCUAUCCUUUUUCCAGUAUAAGUGAACGAAGCUGCAAAAUAGUCCCAAUUCCUAGAUGCCAGCAUCAAAAUGAGAAGUCCAGACAACCAUGUUUUUCUAGCACUAUUUACAUUAGAGCACAGCACAUCCUCCUCCUCCUCCGAUUAUUGUCUGGAGCCUCCCUUGUGGGGUUGUUUUCUCAAGAUGUGCCUCGGUGCGCGCACGCAGAGUCAACUAUUAUAUUUUUGAUUGGAUCCUGUUGGCUUGAACGUAUGAGAGGGUGAUUUAUGCUUGCAGGCUUUCUGUAGGCAUUAGGUUGGCCUCUGGAAAUGCUGGUCUAGAUAGGCCUUUGGUCUGAUCCAGCCGGGCUUUUCAUACGCUCUUAAGGCCAGAGCAAAUGGAAUCGGGCUUGCUUCUGUGCAUACAGAACCUCUCAUGAGAAGCAAAUCAGUGUUGUUUCGAUGUAGAUGAAGGGUUAGCAUGUUUCCCUUAUUUUCGCCUUACAACUCAUAAAACGGAAAGUGUGAUACAGGCACAAGAAAAUGUUCUUGCUGUACAAAAAUGAUAGCCCUGGAGAGCAUUUCUGGUUGUGUUAAUGAAUUUGAUCUGGGUUUAUCAAAUAAUUCAGAGCAGCUCACGCAUGCCUUACUAGAAGAGUCACAUUAGUGAUGCCUUGCCUGUGUCUGAGCCUUUUGCACCAACCAUGUAUCCCAGGCACAAGCUCUGCUCUUCAAAUGCUCUGAGUCCUAAAUACUCUGAAAUUGAGUGAGUAAAGGAGCCUUUUAAUCCUGUGUGAAGAAUGCACAAGACAAGGAUUUAUUUGAAUGGAUCGGUGAAGUCUUGAGAGACCUUGGAGAGCACCACCAUUAUCAAUACAUUACAUCUGUGUUACUCAUGUUACUGUCUCCUGUGCAAACUCCCAUGUAAAUGAACGUGAGCUACCAUUUUGUUUUUUGUAGCCAAUCAGACACACCUAUGUUGCACAAUAGGCAUUAGCCUGUGUCCCAAAUAUCUUGUAAAGCUUUUUCUGUGUCUAGAGUACGGAAUCAGUAGUUGUUGGAGCACAGGUUAAGAUGGGGUUCAGAUGAAAAUAUUCACUAACUGAGUUGCAUUAAGUGAUGAUGAGUUGCACCAUCACCAAUUCCUUAUUUUGUUUGCACUUAAAACUAGCUUUCCCUAUAAAAUGUAACAAAAACCUGUACCUGGUUGCUUCAAGGUGUCUCAAACGCAGCCCAAACUUGCUAGUGUGUGGCUUUGUUACUGAGCUCUGAGAUUUUUAUUUCCUUUAAAAGAAAUAAUUUGUAAGAAUGUAAAAUGCUUAUAUUGAUGUGUACAGUCACUGCUAUACUUAACGGGCCACAUACUCAAAAUAGGAUGAUUGUUUAGCAUGUGAACCAUGUAAGCUGGGCCUUAUGAAUUCCACACAAUAAUUUCCGCAGAAUAAAGGGCAGAUUCUUCUUUAAAGGAAUGCAUAUUCUUUUAAGGAGAAGAAGCUCAAUUCUGUGACUAAAAUACAUUUAUGCAAGUAAUGCAUAUUGUGCCAAGUUCUGACUGCAAUGUGGGAUAUGGAUUUCUUUUUAAAACAAAUGUUUUACCAGGUGGAGGAGGUGGCAAGCAAGAAAGUAGAAGCAACGAGAGGCAGUAAAAGUGUGAACAGAAUCUAGAGGGCAUGUGUAACAGCUGUCAAAUUAUUAUUAUUAUUAUUAUUAUUAUUAUUAUUAUUAUUAUUAUUAUUAUUAUUAUUAUUAAAAAAUAUGAUCAUACAAUUGUGGAACCCACAGUACCCUGUAUAUAAAUGUUUGAAAAAUUACAACCAUGUAACAAGUUAAA